UUUGGACCCUAAGAGGGGGCAGGGUGACUCUCAGUAGGUCACCCCCUUCUCCCUGCUUCUCUCUCGUCACCAUUUGACAACUUCCCUUCAGAAACUUUGGCACAAGAAUUUCUUGGACUCAAAUUAAAACCCUCAAGAAGAACUUGACAAAAAAAGAACCAAAACAAAGGCGUCUUUGCCUUUUCCUCUUUUUCCCUCUGUGCUGGAGGUUUAGGAGUAUUUUUAGACCUGCUGUGAUCCAGCUCAUCACAAUUGAGCGGCGCUUUUCUGCUGGAUUUGAGUGUAGCCUUCGUCAUCUUUUUUUUUUUCCCCUCACAUUCAACCGAGGCCAAAGAGGAUUUAACGAAGGAGUUACAUGCUUGUUUCUAUGGUAACGCUGCCUUUCCCAAGCCUGUAAAGGACUGAAGGUUAUCACAGAACAUUCAGCAAACUUAAACGUCCAAGAUCUCUUCACCAAUGAGCAGUCAGAACAGCAGUGGGGAGGCGGGCCCUCCAGCUCAGACUAAUCAGAGGACAUUUUUGGAUGAUCUCAUUUUGACCUUCACUUCACCGAUGGCCUGGCUGCUGGUCGUGGCUCUGGUCAUCACGUGGUCAGGCGUUGCCAUUGUUCUCUUUGAUCUGCUUGACUAUAAAACUCUGGCAGAGUACACAUCAUACUGUGACGACCCAAUGUGUUUAUCUCCUGGUAUCCCGCCUCCUCCUGCCCUUGGUAGAAAAAUUCAGAGGGCUAGAAGUGGAAUUCGUCCAAUUAAAUCAAGCCCUGCCGCAGUCCCUGCUGAUGUCACAGCUACAGAUAGCACUGAUUGGCUGGAGAUGAUUUGGGCAUUUAUAGCCAGUCUGGUGGCUCCUGAUGAUGAGGAGGAAGGUAUUCACCAGCUAACUGAAACCCUUACAUCUUUUCACUCCGAGGAGCUCUGAGCAAGAGAAGUUUGCAUGAAGAGAGGAUGAGUGCUGACAAGAGGUUUAAAGAGAGAGAAGAGGGGGAGAGGAGGCAAAAGGAAACAAGCGUGUCUGAAGUGGAAAAUGUAAAGGAACAGAAGAAUAAAGAGCAGGAUGUACAGUUUAUCACAGCGAUGUGUCUCUAUGCCUACUAUUAACUGGAAUCUGAAGAAUAAAAGCUGCCUGUUUGAA